CAAAAAAAAAAAAAUGUGGCAAUAAGUCACUUGGCAGUGUUAAUUGGAAAAAAAGCUUUGUUCCCCUUUAGUAUUUGUGUAACUUGGCUGGUAAAGAGUUAAUAAAAAAUCUACACAAGGAUCGAUCGAAGGAAACCUCUUACAAAGUACUGCACUUCCGCUGUUAAUUUCGCUUCAGGACACCUAAAGACCGUGCUAAUAACAGCGAACGAGUAACAAAAUGGCAUCCACCAGGGAUCUUCAAUUGAAUUCUGGCAUGCGUUGUGCCAAAUACAUGCUGCUGAUUGUUAGCUUUAUGUUUGCUAUCACCGCCAUUCUCUUGGUAAUGGUUGGCUCAACCAUUCAGGCCAUCUUUGGUGAUUUCCGUCAAUUUGUCGAUGACCAUUUCCUUUCUCCUCCCGCACUUUUGAUAGCCAUUGGUUUUAUACUGCUCUUUGUAGCCACAUUGGGCGCCUAUGGCGCAAUCAAGGAAAGUGUAAUGCUUAUCAAUUUGUAUGGCGUCUGCUUGUUUAUGGUAUUCAUUUUGGAAAUAUCCGCUUCCAUUGCGGCAUUCGUUAUGCAAGGACAAGUACGUGAAAUGUUGAUACGCACCAUGAAUGAUUCUUUGGCCAAUUAUGAAACAAAUGAUUACAUCAAGACCGGCGUUGACUACAUGCAGCAAGGCCUAGAGUGUUGUGGUGUAAAUGGUCCCAAUGAUUGGCUCGGCUAUUAUCCUCAGACCAAUACCACCUCCGAGAGUAAUGGCAUUGUCGAAAUUGAUGUGCCCAGUUCUUGCUGUGGCCUCUUCAAUAUCUACGAUUUCAAUCAAUGUGACAGACAAUUCGAAAGUGGUUGUUUGGGACGCAUGGACUUUAUUAUAUCCCAGAGUACAAUGUUGAUUGCCACCGGUGCCACCACGGUGGCCUUUGUGCAGCUUUUGGGUGCUUUGUGCGCCUUCAUGUUGGCCAAGACCUUGAGACGUAACAAAUCCUUGCGUGAGGCCCGCCGCUGGCAAUUGCAACAAAGCCUGGGUGUCCUUAUCUCGGGUGGAAAAAUGGCUCCGCCCAUGAAUUCGCCCAUGACUGGCUACACACAAUUGGAGAAAUCGGAGAAAUUUUUGGAACACGAUCCCAUUGUCUACACUCCCAGCAGUCCCAGUGUGAAUUAAACGAACGAUCGCUUCAAGCCGAUUUUCAUAAACAUUUAAACCUCACACACAGAGGGCCAUACUUAUAUAAUUUGAUUAAUUAACUAUCUAAUAGUUGUAUUAGCUAAAAAAACAAAAACAUGUGUAACAACAUUUUUAUUUCUUUCAAAAUUUUAUCUUAAUUAUUAAAAAAAAAAAAAAAUAGAAAAGUAACUGCUUUAGGUCACAUUUAA